GGACUUGACGCAAGCGCACUUGACACAGGAAGACACUAUCCCGCGUUGACUAGCCGGCUAGUUUGCCAGCAAGUUACCAGUGGAUGUUGAGUCGGGCUAAAGUAUAUUCCAACUAUGGCAUCAGUGUCUGACAGCAGAUCUUCACCCCUGUCUCGGGUCCUGUUCCUGAGUGAGACCGGGGAACCCAUGCGUUUCUUCCUGCGGCCGGGUGCCAUCAAAGCCCAGCUGCAGCCAGUCAUUUGUGCUGGUGGGGGCGUGGUCUGCAAGAUGCAGGAGCCAAAUGCUAUUCUCUUGAUGGCCCCAGAGGAAAUGAAUGAAGUCCCAGUCAGCACUGCACUGCAGUAUGUUUCUUCACAGUACAUACUGGACUGUGUGGAGAAGAACGAACAGCUGGAGGUGGAUGACUACAGGUUUAGGAAUGACAGGGUGCAGACUAGGUCUGCCAGGCCCAAGAGGGAGGGGACUGGGCGCAUGGGGUACACUGCGGAGGAAGAUGCUGCCAUUCUGCGCUUUGUUCGGGGUCGCAAGCAAGAGGUGUGCGGGAACUCCCUCUGGAAGCAGAUGGCGAGAGAGGCCAUCACCAGUCACAGCUGGCAGUCCAUGAAGGACCGGUACCGUAAGCACCUUGCAAAGAAGCCACUAGAGGGCGACACAGAGGAAAACCAAAAGGCAGGAGGGAUCGAAGGAUCACCCAUCAGAUUAUUGACUGUACCCUUGCAACAAAAAGAUCCCACACAGUCAUCACGCCAGAUGGACCCUCUUACACCGUCACCCGAGAAAGCGCAACUGCAACCCUCGUCUGAGAAAAAAAACACAAACUGUUCACCUGAGCGGACACACCCACAACCCUCUGCUGAUCCAACCAGCCCUCAACCCUUGCCCAAGAGAGCACGCCUACAAUGCUCACCCAACUCACCCAAAAAAAUGCAACCGCAUCCCUCACCAGGGAGAACUCACUCGCAACUGCCACUUGACCAAACGCAUGCUCAACCCGCAACUGAAAAAAAAAUUCCACCAGCUUUGCCUGAGCAAACUUACCCAGUGCUCUCCCUUGACAGAAUACACCCACAGCUUUCAUCUGGGGCAGGCCAGCCACACUCAUUGGCUGUGGAGGGCAGUUCAGUAGGAAAAGAUGUAGCUGGCCCCAAUGUUACGUCCACAGGGACAAAUGGACAGCUGGUGGUCACAGGGCAAGUGUUGGAAGAGCAAGAACAGAGAAUUACACCCAAAAAGAGGACAUUGGGUGUGCUGGAGAUGGCUAUGAAGGAGUUUGAGGAUUUGGAUGAGAGUGAGGAUGAUACACCGGACAUAGAUUUAAGCAGCACUGCAGGUGCUGAUUGCAGUGGUCUGGAUGAAGAGAUCGUUGCGGCGUCCUCGGCUGAGGUUAUCCAGGAAAAUGAUGACGACGAUGAUGACGAUGACGCCAACAUGGACGACGCCGAGCCUCAGCCUGAGAAGUCCCCGGACAUCCAGCUUGCGCCUCCUGACGAAGAUGGGGGGCCCGAGGUCAGUGGCCCAGCGCCGAAGACCCCCGCAUCUUUGACCUCUGCUCCUGUGACCUCCAAGGUCCACAGGUUCCUCUUUGACCGGGAGUCACAGGAAGAGGAGCCCCCCCAGCCUGCAUGCGACCCCCCGUUCACUCAGGCCCAGCUGGAAGAGGCCAGACAGCAGCUGCGCUACCUGAUGAAGGAGUCCGGACAAGGCCUGGACAACGUUACCAAGGCGCUCCUGAAGAACAGUGGCGAUGUGGAGGCUGCCCUGCAGUACCUCCGCCACGGGCCACAGGGGUACCUGUGGGACCCGCGCGAUGACGGCCUCCUGCGCUCAGGUGGCCCUUCUCUACACAUCCUUGAACAGAAAUACGGAAAGGUGGCUGUGGCCAGGAGGAUUGCUUUCCUUGAGAUCCAGUGAAACAAGAUCAGGGUGACUCAGGGAUUUGGUAAAGCAGAACAGCUGUUUGCAAUAUCAGUUAACUCCUGCUACGUGGCCAAGUUCUAGGGGUGCUGGACGUGGACAGGGCCCUUAAAUUCCUCUUUUGUGUUGUUCUGUUUCUCAUUUUGUCUGGAUUUUUUCGUCUUUUUUUUCAAACCAAGUUGUGUAAAUGAGAACAUGCUUUGUUUAUACAUCUCAUCCCUGCCUGUAUCCCAGGCACUUAAUAUGAAUUUCACCUGUUUGUAAUUAUAACCAUUUUGUUAAAAUGUAACCUGAAAAAUGCACAUAUUUAUAGGUAAUUUAAAGGUUUUAGAAUGUAUAGAAUGUCAUUUUUAUUACUGUAAAAAUAUAUAUUAAUACUAAUUUAACCGCAUUUCUGUAAACCAGUGUUACAGCAGUGUUUUUAAAAAAUGUUUUGCCACUGUAUACAUAUUAAAUAUUAUAGUGUAUUUACAAUAAAAACAAAA